AUGCCGACGCGCCCCGCGCUGCUGGCGGCCGUCGCCCUGUGGCUAGCGAUCCCGCCGGCUACCGGAACGAGCAGAGCUGAGUUCGACUUGGUCGUUGCACUUUCUGGAGCCAAGGAACAAUACUCCGAGGACACGCCGUGUUUCGUGACGGCCGGGACGCGUCACCCGCUCUCCGGUCUGGCCAAUGUGACCUCCGGCGGGGGCGGAGGGGACCGGACCAGCCUGAGUGGCUGCUCGUGUCGCUGUGCGGCCGACAGCCGCCGCCACCGGUUCGCCGUGUUCGUCAUCCAUCGCAGCGGCGCCGGCUGUUUCUGCACCAACUCCAUCAAGAAGGUGGGUUUCGCCGCUCCCAACAGAGAGGCCUGCCGUGACACUUCUCUGAGCGUCAGAUUCGUGACCGACGUCAGCAACCAGACCCUGGAGUCUCUCGGCUGCUCAUCGGAGCUGCCGGCUCGUCGCACUGUGAGGGUGAACCUGCCGCUGCUGCUGCGGAAGAGGACGGUGUCCGUGAGCCGACCGGGCACCAGCACGGCCUCGGUCGGAGCCGAGGUCUCAGUUCGUGAUGAAGGACAGGCCACUGUGCGGGGAGCUGCAAAGGCAGCCGUCAACGGGAGCACCGCAGCCACCAGCCUAAUCCGCCAGGUCGCGAAUGGAACACAGACAAUGGCCUCGAAUUCUUUACGACAAAAUGACACAAGUGUCAAUGAAAGACGGCCGUUUAAUGUCACUACCGUCAAGGUAACACAGCCAGCUAGCCUCAACAUCACUGCUACUGCAUCAAACACCCUAACAAACGCCACAACAUCUGCAGAAAACAUCACGGAACACAGCACAGCCGACACGGCCACGCGACCAGUUCUACCCGUCACCAUAACAGUCCUGCCAGACUCCUCAAAAACUGCAAAUGAAUCAGAAAGAUCGAACUCACCUUCUCCGCAGUUAGCUUCCACAGUCAACUCUGCGAGUAACAGCAAAUCUGCAGUACUGACAUCUUCAGCUCGGCAGCUAGAGGGUGCGAAAAUCGCUAUCGCACAGAUAACGAAGGCCACUAAGGCUGUCAAGGCUGCUCGAUUGCGACAAAAACCGUCUCCCGAAGAGGGAGGCGAUAAUCAAACGAUCGGGGCACAGUCCGCGCAGGAGGCAGCGCACGGUCGGCUGGAGGCAAUAAGUCGUGGCCAAAACGCUACAGUACAGGCCGCUGUUACAAAAAGAGUCUACGAAGCGGGGAGACAGCGGGAAUCGAAUUCGGAAACAAAAGGUGCUACUUCCCCGGCUGUAACAAGAGCUUCGACCAAGCUGGAAGAAAGGAAGAUAGCUAAGGUUCACGAGGUCUUGCAAACAAAGGAACCGUCUUCACGAGUUGCAAGUUCGGCUACCCGUAUACUACAAAGAGCUGCCGCUGAGGUCCAAAAGGCUAACACCCAAACAGCUGCAGUUCAACGUCUGCAGUCGUCAGCCGGAAAGGAGCAGCAAAAGAUCGGAAACACUGUCAGAGUCCACCAGCAAGCGGCUACGCUAGUGACGAAAUCGGGAACUGAUAUCCAGAGACGGACUGCGGGAACCACCAAGACACUGCCAGUUGUCAGAGCCCAGAGCAUAUCGCAAUCGGGCAGUGCAACUUCAGUCAUAGCCCAGCCAAACUCCAAUGCAACAACGAAUCGGCCAGAAACAGCUACAGAGACAGCUAUAUCAACGCAACAUAAUCAACCACCGAAAUUAGGCGCUACGGUCAGCCAAGCACAGGCAAGAGCCACAAACAAAACAAUCACCACAACACCGUCAGAUGAUAAAGCUAAAUCGAUCACUGCGAUAAAUAAAGUGCAGCCCAAUGUAACAAGCAAGGUACGGCCAAGCGCUGGGAACAACGUCCAGCCGGUCAACACAGCACGGCCCAUGGACAUAAAACCACCGCUAAACGACAUGAAACAGACGAAUGUCACUAUUGACACAUCACGUUCAGAGGCUGCGACAAACAAAAUGACACCACUCACGACUACAAACAAAACAACCGUGCACAAACCAGUUAGGGCCGAAGCUCUAUCAAACGCCCUCAGUCAAUCGAACACCACAACGAACACGAAUCCUGCGAGCACCAUUAAUGCUACAUCGCCGUCAAACGUUAUUAACAAUGUAGCACAGGGCAGCACAGUUGGGGCCACACAGACACAAUUAAACGUUACAGUACAGCCGAGAACCCUGAGCAGCGCACCACCGCCCAAACCAGUGGCUACCAAAGCACCUCAACGCACCGCCCCGGCAGUAACGAGCACCACCAACACCACAAAACAUUCAAGCGAUACAAAUGGUACCGAGGAACAGCCCAGAACAACUUCUGGAUCGCUGGCGAACACCUUAGCACAGUCGGAAAAGAAAUCCGUUUUACAUUCCGACAAAACAUCAGUUGAACCGAAUGCCACAAAUGCACUAGAAUCCAACGGAACAAACACGACACAAAUAGAUACAGGCACUCCAGCAGAGAUAACUAACAAGACCAAAAUGCUACAGCCAAGUAAAGCAAACAUCAACGCGGAGCACGACACAACAAACACCCUGCUUUCUACAAACACCGUGGAACAAACAAACAAUAUCACCACAACACGGUCAGAACCACAACCGGACAUAAAAAAUACGACGGAACAGCAAAGAGUGACCGAGCCCAGCGCAACACCUUCUAAAAGUCGAGCGAGCCUGAGAAACACGACGCAGCCGACUCUCACAACAAACAUAACACAACCAACAGUCACAAGAAACGUCAAAACACAACCGGACGUCAACAGCACGAAUCACAGUGCGCCAGCCAGCGCUACAGCCCAACAUACCUCCCCGACAAACCUCACCAGACAGUUAGAUAGUACAACUAACAGCACAACACUACCGAGCACACUGCGACCGACUGGCACGACAGGCAGGACGGCUGCUGUACCGGCUCCCACGAGACGUCCCGAACGAAUACAGCCUGACGUCCCUGCCGAUGGUGGAAAGGUUACCAAGAAUGUUUCAAAAAUGAUAAAGAAGUCGAUGCAGGACAGAACAAGAGGAAAGCAAAAGAAGGUUGCAAGAGGCACUUCCGAAAAACUAGUGUCGCAUUCGAGAAAUGGCCCAUCCUCAAACAAAGCAAAAGAUCCUCCGAACGCCAGCAAAGCAGAACAAAGCCAGCAUGAAAACCAUGAAAAGCCUCACAACGGAACUGAGCCAGCCCGGUCCGGGAAGGCCGGGUCUGCCACGGUCCCGUCUCGGAUUGUGCAGCUGCUGGGUCUGCGGCUGGCGGGCAGCUCGCUGGGCCCGGCGCCGCCGGCUGCUGCCGUCUCCCCGCGCCAGAGGAUGCACCGCCCAGUGCGUGCCGAGGUGGCGGGAUCCCGACUGCCGACCGCCUUCACACUGUCGCCGCUGGGCCGGCUGAGCGCCUUCCGACGCAAGAGAGCGAGUCUUCUGAACAAAAAGGAUUAGGACGAGCCUGCUGAACAGAAAAGAGUAGGACGAGGUGGUAUUGGCAUUGAAGGUGGUGCUACGUCCUCCGGGAUAUUAAUUGUCAUAAUGAAAGCCAACAUUUUCAAAUGGUGUCGUUUUCUGGAUAGAAGUCCACAUUGCUCUUGACGCGUUUCAAUCCAUGUUUUGCCUCUUCAAUGCAUGUGUAAUACAAGUAGGUAAGAAGCAAAAAGGAAACGGUACCAAACUCGAAAUAUCGUCCAAAAAACCGCAUGUCAACGUCUUCGUAGCAGAGCGGGAACUUUAAAUAAAACGG